UCCAACAGCUGCCGUCGGCAUUGGUUUGGCAUACGGCAAGUGACAGAGCAGAAAAUGGCAAGCUUCGAUCUCGCGGAAGGCGAUGCGGUGGCACCCCUCGUCGACGGCGCGAGCCUCGAAGAGGAAGAGGCGUACUGGGACAUGAAUAACGAGCGAGAGCAACAGCAGCAGCAGCGUUUCGGACGGCCUCCAUCGACUGAUGCAAGCCCCACCCAAAGAACGGACCAAGGGUUAAUGUCCAAGCUAUCGGGCAUCGAAAUCGGCACGGUCUACGACAACCUGUCGAAAAGCCUCGGUGACAGGUCGAAAGCUCUGGGCGACCAGGCCAAAACCCUGGGCGACCAGGCCAAAACCCUGGGCGAUCAGGCCAAAGGGUACACCCUCGCGAACGCGAGCACGGCCACGGCGGCGAUAAGUCGCUUCAAGAAGCAGAUCGUCGCGGCCGUUGACGGCGUGCCCCUGAGGCCCGACGCAGACCGGCUGCGAGAGAGUGGUACCACCACGUCAGCCGAAACAAUGACGACCGAGAUUGAUGAAGAGGAGAGCCGGGUCUCGCUGCUACCACCGGAGCAAUCGCAAGAGGACAAUGAGGAAGAAAAGAAUGCAGGGGGUGGACAGGAGCGACAGCAACAACAACAAGACCAAUCGCGAGGUGCUGCGCAGGAGGAAGCUCUCCGCAGUUUUUCUGUCGGAUGUACUCAAACCGCGAAGAGAGGAAACAAGGGCAGGGGGCAGCUCAACGGAAGUAUGGUAGACGAAAGCGCCCCGGUGCUAGGGCUAGGUGUCUUGGGCGCUGUUUUCAAGAAGAAGGUCGCCGAGGUAGAAGUUGCUGCACAGACCGCCGAGGCGGUCGGUGUAGAAUCUCGUAACGCCAUUUCCUUAGAUGCUACAGUCCCGCCUGGUUCUUCUCCUGGUGAUGCUGCUGUCGGUGCUGCUGGUGAUGCCGCCGCCGCUGGCGGAGGAGAAAGUCAGAGCGGAAGAGACGGCGGUGCUGCAGCGCUCAAAAUAAUCCCUAGGAGUGCUUCGCUGGUGGGGGGAAGACAGUGGGCGGUGCUUGCGUCGGUGUAUGAUACGACUGCAUCGGUUAUCGACGAAACCGUUAGCGACAUGUUUACGUAAAUUCGGCAUGAUCGGGAAGAUUGGGUGGUUUCGAACGCCGUGAUGCGUGGUGGAUAUCGUGCUUUCGCAGUCAGUCCCCAACGUCUAAUCACGUAGAUAUUGAUCAAACCAGCAGUGCCGGGGUAAUCACGACUGGUGAAUAUGCUUGGUUUCGUAAUUCUUCUUCGGCCGUACCUCCCCUUCCUACAGUAGGCGGCCUACAACGCCUUUUUAGGGUCCCUUGUUUUUGUUGAAGUUUCCCAGAUUUCCUGUUAUGUUGUCUGACGUUCACGUACGACAGCACUCCGCUAUUCUUGCCCCUCGAGAAAGAUAUUUCCGUCCUCACCUUACAGUAUACCAUAGACGACUGUAGUACUAGUAUGUAGAUUGGAUGACUACGUUUUUCGAUGGCCUUGUUCGCUUCUUCAUUUUUCGGUAGAGUAUUUUUUGUAUGUCCUUUCCAGAAGCUGUUGUUCCCGAGCAGGUUUCUCGACAAUGAAUGGCAAUGUAUCGCAACUCUCCCGUCAAGUUGGUACCAUACGUUUAUGGCAGAAGGAUCCCAUUAUUUUGGUCAGCGUACACACGUUUGUGUCACCUGCCGUCUGUGAGCAUCUAUCUGCGGAAGCAACGGCUUGUCGGGGGGUCAUCGGGGUCUCACAAUCAAUACCAAUGGGGCGAGUGUGUUUGUGUCGUUGGCAUGUCUGGUGUGGUAACAUCCGUUUUGUCAGCCUGUGAAGGCGCUAGGGUAUGCUUGAGUCUGUACUCACUCACGUUGGUUCGUUUAAGGAGGGUACAAGUGUGACGUUGCUUUGUUUGAAGGAUUCGUAUGGUAGGAUGUACCGGCUUUCGAGGCCACACGAUCUGCAUCAUCACGAGCGCAGGUUCUGUAUGACCAAUCUACUUGGGUUUUCAAGCGGUGUCCCU